CUUUUUUCUCCUUAUUUGUGUUUAUAUAUUUAGUCUUCAUUUCAUUUUCUCUCUGUUUCUCUUUCUUUCUUUUAUGUUGUAUCAUGUCCAAAUCAACAAGCCAACCAACAAAACGAGUCAAAGUGACUUUAGCUUGUGUGAUUUGUCGCAAAAAGAAAGUCAAAUGUGAUGGUAUUCAACCUACUUGUUCUCGAUGUCAAUCAAUUGGUAUCUGUUGCCAAUAUUCAGAUCCUCCUAAAAAGAGAGGACCACCUAAGGGAUAUGUUGAAAUCAUUGAAAAUCGUGCACACCGGAUUGAGUCUCUGUUGGGGCAACAACAACAGCAAAAACAGCAACAGCAGCAAUCUUUAUUAAGAUGUACUGACGUCAAUUCAUUAUCAAGUAGUCUAUUUUUGUAUUUAACAAAGAUAUUUAACCAUGUUGCACAUAGUACAAGAGAAACCAUUAAACCCAUUACUUUUCUUGAUUGCUGGUGCAGUAAACGCAAAGAAUGCACACCAAUGGCAUGAUACACGAUUUUUUAAUGCAUGAAACCUGGAUACAGUAUUAUUUUGACUACUUUAAUUGCAUUUUUCCUGUUCUGUCAAAAAGCCAGUUCCAAUUUCAGCUAGAGAACAAUAGCCUUCACCCACUCUUAAGGCUGGCUGUGUUUGCCUUGGGUUGUCGCUUGCACCAGGGUAACCAGGAGGCUGACCUUGUUCAACAGUUCCACUCAAUAAUAUCUCAUGAUAUGUUACCUGAUAUUUCUAUAGUACAGGCUCUUGCUAUCAUGUGUUGGUAUUCGUGUCUUGCGGGUGAUAUGCAACAAUGCCAUUCACUUCGCCAUUAUUUGGCUACGAUGGUUCAUAAAUUAAAUUUGGGGUAUGAGUCUACAAAUCGUUCCCAAGAUAUGCAUUUGACAGAAAUGAAAAGACGCGCCUUCUGGACAUCUUUUGUGCUUGAUCAAUGGCUUGCUAGUUGUACAGACACAAAAUCCCUGAUCAUUCAUGGCGAUUGCAAGUAUCCUCAGCUGGAAGAAAGUCAGUUGUCUAUUCUCUACUCUCAACAACAGCAGCAGCAAGCAGAAUUGAGUUUGCCAGAUACGCUUGAAUCAGCUUUUCAGAUCAAUUCGUUUAAAGAAAUGAUACGAUUAGCUCAUAUUGUGGGCGAUAUUGCUUAUGGUCAUCAAUCGCAGUUGGAAUCCAAUUUGACUGAAUGGUUAUUGCAGCUGCCUUCUUAUCUUGAUUUUAAUAGUACACAACUCAAUAAGCCUUCACCUAUAACCAAGAUAUAUCGCAUUCUUUAUUAUACUGCUCAAAUCAUGAUGAGCCAUAAACAACAACGCCAAAACAUACUUAGUUCAAGUAUCUGUACAACAGCUGCAAACACUAUUAUUCAUAUCUCUGAGCAUAUGGUAGCCUCAGGACAAAAGGCUUAUCUCUCAAAUGUCUUUUUCCUUUCCUUGACAUUAGCAACUUCCAUUCAUUUAGAUAACACACUCAUGAAUGGAAAAGAACAUGGGCCUGAUAAAGUCAAUUUGAUCAAAAGCAUCUCACUGAUUAAAGAUCUCAACUCAACCUGUCUCUCUCGUUUUGAAUUUGAUCAACUUUUGGACCAUUUCUUGCUUGACCGCUGCGAUAUUCGCUUGGAAUCUGUCUAUCCUUCUCCUUCCACUCCCAACAUUGCACCAAGAAAGUCAAAGCGAUCUUUUCAUGAGAUGGAAAACGACUUGCCAUUUUUUUCCCCUCCUUCAACACCUGUAACAGAAUCAAGUACAACUACAAUUGCUGUGCCUCUGACAGAAUCAUUUGAUAUUAAUCAACUGUUAGUCAUUGAUGAAUGGCCAGCAAAUUGGACAGAUAUUUUGGACCAACAGACGAUUGAAUCGUGUUCAAUUACUUAUUUGACACCUUCACAAUCACCAUCACUAAAUUUAAAAGAAGAAAACUUAUUUAUGCAACAAUACCAAAGACAUCCAUUUUCAUUUUCAUUUAGUUUAUUGUAGCCACUUUCUUUUUUUUUUUUUUAUGAUGAUAUGCUUUUUCUUAUGUAUAUAUUUUAUCUAUGUAGAUGUUUAUUGCUUUUCUUUCUUACAGAUAUUAUGAUUUCCCUCCUCCUCCCCUCCCUUUUUUCCCCUUUAAUUACGCUUUUCUUGUUCUUUACUCUUUUUAAAUAUAUGUAUAUAUAUGCAAACUAAUCAACCUCAAGAAAAAAUUUUGGAUAUUUUUUAAUCAAUCUGAUACACUUGGCACCAAAGAGACAUAGAAGUCAUCUGAGUCACUUCUAAGUGCUCUAUGCCUGUCUUCUUCGGGCUCAACACCAUCCCUAAGCGUCUUGCAAUGCUUCAACAUAGUAAAAGCCAAGGUGUUCUUGAAAGCUGCAUGUGAUGGAAUAGUAAUAGAAUCCCUAUGAUUGGUGAAUAAGAACACAAUGUAAAACAACCAG